AAUACCCAGAGCUCAAUUAUCAACUUAUUAAGCUUUUUUCUUACCAUUUAAAUAUUUAGUUACCAGUUUUACUUCUUUUUAAACACUUCCGAUUUGGACUGUCUUUCUUAUUUUCUUAUUAAUACCAACUCAUUUUGUUUCUGGAGAGGAGAGGAUAUAUAUAUAUAAAUUUACAUAGAUUCUUGUAAUUCAUCAUCAUUCCUCUCUUCUUCCUCAAACCCCAAUCCCCAACCUUAUCUCUCUCCUCUUCCUCUCAUGCUCACCUCAUAAAGAUCACAUCUUUGGGGUUUUAAAGGGAUUCGUAGAGAUAGAGAGAUAAGAGGGAGAGUGGGAAAUGGAAGCUGUUCUGCAGACCAGAGGGCUUCUGUCUCUACCUUCAAAGCCCAAGCUUAAAGCUUUUUACCCACAACCCCAGGGGGGCUUAAGGCAUAGGUUCAAUGGUUUAAAUGCUUUGAAACCCAAACCCCUUGAUGCCUUUUCUCUAUCUGUCAAUGGUUUUCAGAAAUUUCACGGCUUUGUCACCAAGCCUUCUUCAUUGGUUGCCCAAAAGAACCCAACUUUCCCUAUUUGCAGAGCUGAGGCUGCUGCAGCGGCUGAUGGGCAACCGGUUUUUGGAGGAGAGCAGGAGUCAUUGUCACCUAAGUUUUUGGGUAUUGAGCUUACGACCCUUAAGAAAAUAAUACCUCUUGGAAUGAUGUUCUUUUGUAUCCUGUUCAAUUACACAAUUCUUAGGGAUACUAAGGAUGUGUUGGUGGUCACAGCAAAAGGAUCGAGUGCUGAGAUUAUUCCUUUCUUGAAAACUUGGGUGAAUUUGCCUAUGGCUAUUGGUUUCAUGCUGUUAUACACAAAGUUGGCUAAUGUGUUGUCAAAGCAGGCUCUUUUUUAUACCGUUAUUAUUCCCUUUAUUGCUUUCUUUGGGGCCUUUGGGUUUGUUUUCUAUCCCCUUAGCAAUUCUAUCCACCCAACAGCUCUUGCUGACAAGCUUCUGAACAUUCUUGGUCCAAGGUUCCUUGGGCCAAUUGCAAUUCUGAGGAUCUGGAGUUUCUGCUUGUUUUAUGUCAUGGCCGAGCUUUGGGGUAGUGUGGUGGUCUCAGUUUUGUUUUGGGGGUUAGCUAAUCAGAUUACCACAGUUGAGGAGGCAAAAAAAUUCUAUCCUUUGUUUGGACUGGGGGCAAAUGUUGCUCUUAUUUUCUCUGGACGCACAGUGAAAUAUUUUUCUAAUAUGAGGAAAAGUUUGGGUCCUGGAGUUGAUGGUUGGGCCAUCUCCUUGAAAGGAAUGAUGAGCAUUGUUGUUCUGAUGGGGCUUGCUAUAUGUUCCUUGUAUUGGUGGGUGAAUACUAAUGUUGAUCUCCCAGCACGAAGUAAAAAGAAGAAGGAGAAACCUAAGAUGGGAACAAUGGAGAGCUUGAAGUUCUUGGUCUCUUCAAGAUAUAUCAGGGAUCUUGCUACAUUGGUUGUAGCCUAUGGCAUUAGCAUCAACCUUGUAGAGGUUACAUGGAAGUCAAAGCUCAAAGCUCAGUUCCCAAGCCCAAAUGAGUAUUCGUCAUUCAUGGGUGAUUUCUCAACUGCUACUGGGAUUGCAACCUUCACAAUGAUGCUGCUAAGUCAAUGGAUCUUUAAAAAGUAUGGUUGGGGAGUUGCAGCAAAGAUAACGCCAACAGUUUUGCUUCUAACUGGAGCUGGUUUCUUCUCCCUCAUUUUGUUUGGUGACCCACUAGCACCUUCUCUUGCAAAGUUUGGGAUGACCCCUCUCCUGGCAGCUGUGUUUGUGGGUGCAAUGCAGAACAUUUUCAGUAAGAGUGCGAAAUACAGCUUGUUUGAUCCUUGCAAGGAAAUGGCAUACAUUCCUUUAGAUGAAGACACCAAGGUUAAGGGAAAGGCAGCAAUUGAUGUUGUGUGCAACCCAUUGGGAAAGUCAGGGGGUGCUUUGAUACAGCAAUUCAUGAUUUUAAGUUUUGGUUCUCUUGCUAACUCAACUCCCUACCUCGGAGGUGUUCUAUUGGUGAUUGUUGUUGCAUGGUUGGCGGCAGCAAGGUCGUUGGAUGGGCAGUUCAGUGCGUUGAGGCAAGAAGAAGAGCUGGAGAAGGAGAUGGAGCGAUCAGCUGUGAAGAUCCCUGUUGUGUCUCAAGAUGGAAAUGGUUCUCUAUACCCAGGAGGAGGCGACUCGGCUAGCGCUUCCUCUGAGCCCUCCUCUCAGCGCCAGGUGUAAACAAGAAAAGGCUAGAUAUUAUAUCAACUAUCAAGUGGAUGGGGUAUGCAUGUGUUGGUGUUAGGUGUAGCCAUUGACCCUCGCUCGCUGGCUGGCUGGCUGGCUAGUAGAAAUAAAACAUGAAUACAGAUGGCUUUUACUGAUUAGAUUUAGUAGCAAUUUGUUGUGCUGGCUGGGAAUCAUAGUUGCAGAAUUAUUGUGUUUGUUGUAGUUACAUACAUACAUACAUACUGCCUCAACUCAAGAUCCAAAUGCAGGAGGUUGCGUUUCGAUUGUUUGAUCAAA